AUGGCAGCAGCCAAGUUUCUGGAAUCCCUGGACCCGGAGGAGAUCAGCGAGUUCGUGACGGGCCAGAAAACCAAGGAGGAGAUCUUGGCAUCCCGAAGGACAAUCAAGAAAUUUCAGAAAGAGCCCAAGGAGGAGGUGAUGGGAGCCAUCUCGAUCGCAUCAUCGGAGGAGGAGCCGGAUCCGAGGAGGUCAAGAAUGCACCCGGAGUCGCAUCGGGCAACUCUGGUGCUCACUGAGGAGCUUGCGAGAAAGGGCAGCCAGUGUGAUGAAGACUGGCCACGACACCACGUGCACUACGCGCACUACGAGCACUACGAACACAUCGGCCGCAAAGGAUCUUCCUUUGCCUGGCCUGGAGGUGGAAAGCGAGCUGGUGUGGCUCCAUCAACGGCAAGAAAACUGGCCACCAACAUGGCAGUCAUUGGUGCUCUCAUCACCGCACCCAUGCAUGGCCUGUUUGGCAUGAUGUCUGACCAGGCCGACUUCUGUGAGGUGGCAUGUGCUCCGACUUCAUCUCUGUCGGAAUGUAUGGCUUCGAUGGGCCACAACAUCCAGCGCAUCAACUACAAGGAAGGCUUUGAUUUGGAGAAGAAAGAAGGCACUAUGAAGUUUGGUGAGCUGAUGUCUUCGAAGCCUCCAAGACAGACAUGGGUGAGCCUUCCAUGCACAAGAUUGACAGGUUUGACCAAUCUGACCCAACGUGAUGAGUAUGAGUGGGCAGCAUUUGAAAAAAGGGUGAACCGUGAUUUGAAAAGAGCUGAUGAGGUGGUGCAAAGCCUGGAACCUGUUCUGGCAAGUGAUGGUCAUGUGAGCUGGGAGUGGCCCACUGGUGCAUCCAAAG